AUGGCCCCUCGCCGUACAGCUCCUGAGGGAAGCAUUCCCCCGCCGAGUCGCGCUUCCUCACCACCUAUAGAGCAGAUUGAGGAGGCCCCGUUUUUUGACAACAUUGACGAACUGCAGCAGCAUGGAAUCAACGUGCAAGACAUCCUCAAGCUCAAGGGUGCCGCCAUCAACACGGUGUCUGGAGUGGUUAUGACGACGCGUAGAAAUCUUUUAAAGAUCAAGGUUUGCUGUUCUUCCUCCAUUGUGCGGUUUGAUACAUGGCGUAGUCAGGGUAUGUCAGAAGCGAAGGUAGAGAAGAUCAAGGAAGCCGCGCAGAAGAUCACGGGCUCCUCUUUCGCGACGGGGAUUGAGAUCCAGGAUCGUCGGCGGCGCGUGCUCGUUAUCAGCACAGGUAGUAAAUCUGUCGACUCUAUUCUUGGCGGCGGUCUCACGUCGCAGUCUAUCACUGAAGUCUAUGGCGAGUAUCGCACAGGGAAGACUCAAUUGGCCCACACAAUGUGUGUGGUGGCCCAAUUGCCACCAGAUCUCGGCGGCGCAUCUGGAAAGGUUGCAUACAUCGAUACAGAAGGUGCGACCCAUACCGUUUCAAGCGGUUUGAACGACGUUGACCAGUCCCAAGGCACUUUUCGUCCAGACCGUAUAAGGGCAAUUGCAGACAGGUUUGGCGUCGACGGCAGCAUGGCUCUGGAGAAUAUCCUCUAUGCUCGUGCAUUCAACAGUGAACACCAGAUGGAACUUAUCAACGAAUGUUCUAUGCGCUUUGCAGAGGACAAGGACUUCCGACUGAUCAUUGUCGAUUCUAUCAUGGCUCUUUUCAGAGUUGAUUACUCUGGGAGAGGAGAGCUAAGUGAAAGACAACAAAAGCUGGCACAGAUGCUCUCAAAACUAGUGAAGCUGUCUGAGGAAUAUAAUGUACGCGAACACUCACCGAAAUGCUUAGAUGUUCGAUUGCUCUUCCUGCAGAUCGCGGUGCUGAUCACGAACCAAGUACAAGCUGAUCCCGGAGCAACUAUGACUUUCGUAGCAGGUGGUGCGCUGAAACCCGUGGGCGGACACAUCUUGUCCCACGCUUCCGCGACCCGGAUUUUCUUGCGCAAAGGUCGAGCGGAGGAACGCGUCGCCAAACUUGUAGAUAGCCCUGAUAGACCCGAGAGUGAGGCCUCUUAUAAGUUGGACGAAGGGGGGUGGUCAGACGUCUAG